CAGAAGCAGCAGCUGAAUAAAGUGCGCGCGAGUUAAUAGAGCCGUUUUCGCUGGCUCUCCGCGCUCCUUUCGUUCGUCUCUACUUCCCGCACCGUUUGAUUUUCGCCCGCAACGCGACACACGCUCCUUACCUACCCAGCGCAAACGACUCGUCCAAAUCCCAAGCCUAGCACGUCAUCGACCUACUAAACAAGGCUAGCAGAACCUUAGAAAAACCCCCACUAUUCGUCGCACGUUCCAACAAACCAACAACAACGAGGCGCAACAAUGUCGACCGCAAUUGUCAACGCCAGCAACAACAACAGCAUGCGCGCUUUCCCCGUCGCCUCGCAAGUCCUCAGCAAGCUGCGCGCGAGCAAAGCAAAGUCUAAACACUCCAUGUCCACGUCGUCGUCGCCGUCAUCGUCAUCGUCGAACAACAUCGUCUUCGCGCUCUCAAUGGUCGCUGCCUUCACUGCCGCGUUUUUCCUCAACAUCGCGCUGCUCUACGGGAUCCUGAGCUUGGUUUCGCCGCAGCUGCCGCUGGCUUGCUUGGGCAUUUAUGGCUCGGGGUAUGGGCUGUUGCUUGUUUGUGUAAGGUUGGAGAGGAAGGAGGAGGAGGCUUGGACGGUGGCGAUGAGGGAGGAGAUUGCGAAGUGCAAUGGGCUGAAUGCAUCGUCCGGAGCUACUCGCAAGGGAUUGCGGGCGCAGAACUUCUACACGCCGUCCAACGAUUCUCGUUCGUCCGCUCUAACAGCGUUACGAACCGUCUCCCCACAGGACAGCAUCGACGAACGCGCUCCCGGCGAUAAAUACACCCGCGACACCCCUCCUCCCGCCAGCAGCCAGAGACUCACCAUGAACGACCAACUCCUAUCAGCCCUCCUCAUCCUCACUCAAAUCUUCCUCGUCCUAGCUACAGUCGGACACAUCGUCACCAUCCUCUACAUCCAGCAUCUCGGGUAUCUGAUAAAAGCUCUGCGGAGUCCCGUUGCUACCCCGCCCCCGCGCCGCAUGGACGCAAAUCGCGAAGAAGAAGAAAUCGGCAUCCAGCCUGCUGUCCCGCAGCCGCUGUCCUCGCAUCCUAUCACCAGCGCUCCUUCUCCAGUCUCUACGCCAUCGACCAACAGCACCGCGCUAGGGCCGUUCGGAAACAGGCCACUCAGCCCGGCAUCUCGUGCGCGACUGUCGGGGGAGGAGCGACGCCGGCAUUACCAGUUCGAAAGCAGCAGCUCGAGCAGCGCGACAAUUCCAUCUUGGGCGUCGAAAUCGGAAAAGGCGCUACCCGCUAUACCUCUCGAGGAACUACGGAGGGACGAUGAACCAAGCAGGGCGCAAGUAGAAGCAGCCUGGCCCGUCAAACCCCUUGAAGAGCUGUGGACAGACGGUGGGCCAAGCGCCGGCUCGAAAUCCCCUAGGCAGGAAGGAAAGGUUGCUGAACCCCUCGAACAACUAUGGCGACGGGAUGAGUCGGGAGCACGGGAAACUCCACAUGCUGCCCCGUCCCACGAAUCUAGCGAAGAAGAUCUAUAUGCAAAAGGUAUGGCCGCGAGGGAUAUCAACCAGCAGCAAUUUGCUGAUGCGGAGAGCCCCUGGCCAAGGCCCCUGAGGAGGUCUGCGCCGCACUGA